AUGGAUGCACCCAGUGCCAUGCAGGCGGUAUACAAUGCACGUGGCCUGAGCAGAGGAAGAGCCAAAGGUUAUAUCGAGGGUCUCGAGCACAGAUUGCAUGAGGCCGAGUCUCUCCUCCUUGCUCUCUUACCUCUUAUUGCCCCAGACCAAUUGCAAAUUGCGACAGAUUGCCUCAACGCCAACUCGAUCUCGAACACCAUGGGCGGAAAGUCUCGAGAGUCAGCCUCACCCUCGCCACGGAAUAUGCGCUCAUCACCCCCUGUCCUCAAUAAGAAGACAGGUAUCGAUUAUUGGGAAUCAUUCCCCUUGGACAGCGUGGAGAACAUUAGAAAGUGGCAGGAUGAUUGUGCCAUCCACAGCUCCGUACAACCUCAACGAGAUUGCCAGGGAUCUUUCCGGAAUUCAAUGGACGACAUGCACUCACAUGUUCGCUACAACCACCAAAGUUCUCGGCCCGGUUCGGUUGAUCUAAAGCGAGAGUCCGCCAAUGUAUUUGCAUCGCGCCAAGGUCAAGGUCAAGGUCAAAGUCAAGGUCAAAGUGCCCCCUUCAGAGCCAUGUCCUCUGAUCCCUACCGCAGCGGUACCAGCACCCCAGUCCACAUGUCAUCUGGAGUGCAAGAGCAAUCCCAGACACAAUCACAUCAUGUGCCUACAAGUCAGCAACAAACCUGGCAGAACCUAGCUCUUUUCUCACCUCUGCCGACGCCUUCCAAUGCACAGUCGAGUCCCGGCACAACCGCCACCUCUAGCAACCAUAACAAUGCCGGAAUGGGGGCUGAAGCCCUGUUACUUCAAUCCUUCGCCGAUUCCAACUGGGCACAACAAACCUCUUUGAACAGCCCCUUGAGCGCUAUGGGGAUGGGACUGGGGGGUGGCAUGAAUAACGGCAUCGAGAGUGGCCCUAUGGAGAUUGAUACCGGCUUCUUCUCUAGUGAUAUGCAGAGGAGACUGUUUUGGUAG